CCAGCACAGCAUCCGUGCACGGUGCACCCGCAGCCAAGCACCACCGCCACGUCAUCUCCCCUCAUAAAAUGACCAAAACACCCACUCUUCACUCCCCCCGUAUACACAUCCCAAACCCGAUACGCACCAACACUCACGUUCCCCUCAUAAUCAUAAUCAUCAUUCCCAAGGGUCUCGCACACAACACGAAGAGCUUCCACCUUCGAGCACAUCGACGAAACGGCACCGUAUCGCUCACAGGCCAAUGCCUUGCUCUUCCCUCACUUCCACCGCCGGCGAUAACAGCAACAGCAACAGCAGCAACAACAACAAGAAAGAUGGUUCUUCUCUCCGCGACUUCAAGCUGAACGAAUCAACCUUCUUAGCCUCGCUCAUGCCUAAGCAAGAGAUUGGCGUCGAUCGCUUCCUCGACGCGCAUCCUGAGUACGACGGUCGCGGCGCUCUCAUCGCUAUCUUCGAUUCUGGUAUAGACCCGGCUGCUGAUGGAUUACAGGUUACCUCAGAUGGGAAACCAAAAGUUCUCGAUGUCAUUGAUUGCACUGGGAGUGGUGAUAUUGAUACCUCAAAGGUGGUGAAGGCUGAUGCUGAUGGUCAUAUUUUUGGGGCAUCAGGGGCAUCAUUGGUUAUCAAUACUUCAUGGAAAAAUCCUUCUGGUGAAUGGCAUGUGGGUUAUAAAUUGGUUUAUGAGCUAUUCACAGAAGAUUUGAUUUCUCGUUUGAAGAAAGAAAGAAAGAAAAAGUGGGAUGAGAAAAACCAAGAGGAAAUUGCUAGGGCUGUAAAACAACUUGCUGACUUUGAUCAGCAACACAUCAAGGUAGAGGAUGUAAAACUUAAAAGGACCCGUGAAGAUCUCCAGAAUAGACUUGAUAUUCUGAGAAAGCAAUCUGAGAGCUAUGAUGAUAAAGGGCCUGUCAUAGAUGCUGUUGUCUGGCAUGAUGGAGAGGUUUGGAGGGUUGCCCUUGACACACAGAGUCUGGAGGAUGAUCCAAAUUGUGGGAAGCUUGCUAAUUUUAUACCUUUAACUAACUAUAGGAUUGAGAGGAAGUACGGUGUCUUCAGCAAAUUAGAUGCUUGUACAUUUGUUGUUAAUGUCUACAGUGACGGAAAUGUUUUAAGUCUUGUAACAGACUGUUCUCCACAUGCCACCCAUGUUGCUGGUAUAGCUACUGCUUUCCACCCAAAGGAGCCCCUGUUGAAUGGAGUUGCACCUGGCGCACAAAUAAUAUCUUGUAAAAUUGGGGAUUCUCGCUUAGGUUCAAUGGAAACAGGAACUGGUUUGAUUCGGGCGUUGAUUGAAGCUGUGGAGCAUAAGUGUGACCUUAUCAACAUGAGUUAUGGUGAAGCAACAUUAUUGCCAGACUAUGGACGCUUUGUUGACCUUGUGAAUGAAGUGGUGAACAAGCAUCGUCUGAUAUUUGUGAGCAGUGCUGGUAAUAGUGGGCCAGGAUUGAGCACUGUUGGUGCACCUGGUGGUACAUCUUCAAGCAUCAUAGGUGUGGGUGCAUAUGUGUCUCCUGCUAUGGCUGCCGGUGCUCAUUGUGUUGUUGAACCUCCACCUGAGGGGCUUGAAUACACUUGGUCUAGCCGAGGACCAACAGCAGAUGGAGACCUUGGUGUUUGUGUGAGUGCUCCUGGUGGUGCUGUAGCUCCUGUUCCCACGUGGACUCUUCAACGGCGUAUGCUCAUGAAUGGGACAUCAAUGGCAUCACCAUCAGCCUGUGGAGGAACUGCAUUGCUCAUAAGUGCAAUGAAGGCCGAGGGAAUCCCUGUGAGUCCAUACAGUGUGAGGAAGGCUCUUGAAAAUACUGCAGUUCCCAUAGGGGAUUUACCUGAGGAUAAAUUAUCCACUGGACAAGGGCUUAUGCAAGUUGACAAGGCUUUUGAAUAUAUACAGAAGUGUCAAAAUGUUCCAUGUGUUUGCUAUCAAAUAAAAAUUCAGCAAUCUGGAAAAACAAAUCCUUCAUCAAGGGGCAUCUACCUUAGGGAGGCUAGUGCUUGCCGACAAUCUACUGAGUGGACAGUGCAAGUUAAUCCAAAAUUUCAUGAAGAUGCUGGAAACUUAGAGGAUUUGGUUCCAUUUGAGGAGUGCAUUGAAUUACAUUCUACAGAAGAGACAGUUGUGAAGGCCCCUGAUUAUCUAUUGCUCACUCAUAAUGGUCGCACCUUCAAUGUAGUGGUAGAUCCUUCCAAUCUUUGCGAUGGUCUUCAUUAUUUUGAGGUCUAUGGUAUUGACUGCAAAGCUCCAUGGCGUGGUCCUCUUUUCAGAAUUCCGAUCAGCAUAACAAAGCCCAAGGCCAUAAUUAACCAGCCACCACAAAUUUCAUUUUCAAAGAUGUUAUUCCAGCCAGGCCAUAUAGAAAGGAGAUAUAUAGAAGUGCCACAUGGUGCAUCUUGGGCCGAAGCAACAAUGAAAACAUCAGGUUUUGACACAGCACGAAGAUUUUAUGUGGAUGCUAUUCAGAUGUGCCCAUUACGAAGGCCUUUGAAAUGGGAGAGUGCAGUAACUUUUCCUUCUCCUGCUGCCAAAAGCUUUGCCUUUAGGGUAGUAAGUGGUCAGACAUUGGAACUAGUCAUUUCACAGUUUUGGUCAAGCGGCAUAGGGAGUCAUGAGACUGCGAGUGUGGAUUUUGAGGUUGUGUUUCACGGGAUAAAAGUCAAUCAAGAAGAAGUUGUACUCGAUGGUAGUGACGCACCAGUCAGGAUUGAUGCUGAAACACUACUGGUAUCCGAGGAACUUUCACCUGUGGCAAUUCUUAACAAGAUUAGGGUCCCAUAUCGACCAGUAGAUUCUAAGAUUAGUGCACUUUCAACAGAUCGUGACAAACUUCCUUCUGGAAAGCAGAUACUGGCACUGACUUUGACCUACAAGAUCAAAUUGGAAGAUGGAGCUCAAGUAAAACCUCAUAUACCAUUGCUAAAUGACAGGAUAUAUGACACUAAAUUUGAGUCUCAAUUUUAUAUGAUUUCUGACUCAAAUAAGCGCAUAUAUUCAAGUGGAGAUGUCUAUCCAAGCUCUUCUAAUCUUCCCAAGGGAGAAUAUACUUUACAGUUAUAUUUGAGGCAUGACAAUGUGCAGAUUUUGGAGAAGAUGAGGCAUCUGGUGUUAUUCAUUGAGCGAAAUUUGGAAGAAAAGGAUGUCAUUCGGUUAAGUUUUUUCUCUCAACCUGAUGGCCCACUGAUGGGAAAUGGUUCCUUUAAGUCCUCAUCAUUAGUUCCAGGUAUAAAAGAAGGAUUAUAUAUUGGUCCACCACCAAAAGAAAAGCUUCCCAAGAAUUCUCCACAAGGAUCUGUAUUGCUAGGGGCAAUUUCAUAUGGGAAACUAUCAUUUGCUGAUCAGGGAGAGAACAAAAAUCCUGAAAAGAACCCUGCAUCAUAUCGGAUAUUUUAUGUAGUUCCCCCAAAUAAGAUUGAUGAGGACAAGGGAAAAGGUUCUUCUAUAUCUUCCAAGAAGAAUGUUUCAGAACGUUUAAAAGAAGAGGUAAGAGAUGCAAAAAUAAAAGUUCUAGCAAGCCUAAAACAAGAAACUGAUGAAGAGCGCUUGGAAUGGAAAGAGCUAUCCGCCUUGCUUAAAUCAGAAUAUCCAAAGUACACUCCAUUACUUGCCACGAUUUUGGAAGGUUUAGUUUCUAGCAGUAAUGUCAAAGACAAAAUCCAUCGUGAUGAAGAGGUGAUUGAUGCAGCCAAUGAGGUGAUUAACAGUAUUGACAGAGAAGAGCUGGCAAAGUUUUUUGCACUAAAAAAUGAUCCAGAAGAUGAGGAAGCAGAGAACAUCAAGAAAAAGAUGGAGUUAACCCGAGACCAAUUGGCAGAGGCCAUGUACCAAAAGGGGCUUGCACUGGCAGAGAUCGAGUCUAUAAAGUUGGCAGACUUGACUUGGUGUAUAUUGUCAAAGGACGUAGAUAAGUCCCCGGGUUUGGUUACCACAGAAGAGGCAAAAGACAUGGACCAAAAACAAUCUACGGAUGAUCGUGGUCAUGAAGAUUUGUUUGAAGAGAAUUUUAAAGAACUGAAGAAAUGGGUUGAUGUGAAGUCAACUAAAUAUGGAAUCCUCUUGGUAACACGUGAGAGGCGUGCUCAAAGGCUUGGGACAGCUUUGAAGGUACUGUGUGACAUAAUUCAAGAUGAUGCAGAGCCUGCCAAGAAGAAAUUCUAUGAGCUAAAGCUCUCUUUGCUUGAUGAGAUGGGAUGGACACAUUUAGCUGCAUAUGAGAGACAGUGGAUGCAUGUGCGUUUCCCGCCAAGCUUGCCUCUUUUCUAGGGCCUUCCCAACGGGAUUAUGCUGGAUAGCAAUGCUUGAAAUUUGAAACCAUAUCCUUUUCCUCAAUAUUUUGCAUCUGAGGAUAAUUUAUGUAACAUAAGACCUUUUUACGCUUGACCUAUCCUUUUCCUUUUUAGGGUCAUCAUGGCCUGGGUAUUUCAAACAUUGCAUGGGAACUUUGCCAUUAAGGUGUAUUGCCAAGCCUUCAGUGUGGCUGCCACAUCAAAGGCAUCGUCAAUCCCAUUUGCAUUUAUUUAAUAAUUAAUAACACAAUAAAGAGUGUUUUCACUUGUCUUCCCUUGA